UCUGGUCAGAGCAGGUCUGUGGGAAGGAGGGAGGGCUGAUGCACCCCCUGGCCAAUGUGGCCAAGGGAAGGGCUUUGGGAGAGCCAGGAGGCCUUGAUGGAACCUUGAGGACCUUAAUGGAACCCUUCAAGGACCCAGCUACCAGGCUGGGCUCAGCCCACACCAAGCAGGAUUUCAUCAGGCUUUGGCUCAAGACUGUUGGAAGUUUUGAAGUGGAAGGAUAUGCCAUGGCUGCUGGAAUCCUUCGGAUGUACCUCAUGCUAAUGGCAGUUGUCGGCGUCAAUGAGCCUUUUUUCUCUGAUGAGAAUGGAGUUGUUGACGAGAAUGGGGACGAAAUCCUCCAGAGAAUGAAGGAACGGGAGACGAGCCUUCGGCUGCACCAGUUGCGCUUAGAGCAGGAAAUUGCAGACCUGGAAGCUGGACAGAAGGCUCUAGAAAUGCGUGAAUUGGAACUGGAGAGAAAGAUCCAGCAGCAUAUGUUCAGCGUCCUUUCCUUGGUCAUCUUGACACUGAUCAGCGUCUGGAGGCAGAAUUAGCAGGAAGUAACAUCAACACAGUGGAGAAGAAGAGACUGACACAGUGGUCCUGGGGAAAACACGGGAAAGAGUGACCUUCCCUGACAAGGCCUUUUGUGCUAUUUAGGGGCAUUUACAACCUCUGAGGGAGAUUUAAACAGCUGCGGGGAGUGUGAGCAACCAGGAGUGUGGCAAACGGGGUGGGCAACAGGACAUGGCACAUCAGAAGUUUUUGGUGCUGUAGUUUGGGGGGCAUUUCACACAGGCAGGACAAGUGGGAAUGGCUCUGAGUCACUGCAGCACAGCCAGUGAGCUAAUUUGCUGGUCUUUACACUCACCGACAGAGCUCAGAUAUGGUGUCUGCGUGGCACAGAGCCAAGUUGUCUAAGGUCACCAAAAACUAUGCAGCAACCCAGACAGAGCUCCCAAAAAACCAUGCAAAACAUGGAAAAAACCAUGCAUCUGUCCAGGCUUCAGGCUGUAGGGAAUGUGUAACCCUCUCAAGGGAUUGUAGCAGUGAUGGCAGUUGCAUCAGAUGUUUCCAAGUGGACGACCAGCUCAGCCUGGUUAUGAGUUACGAGAUGAAGUAGAAAGGCUGAGAAACAUUAAAGAAUCUGAGUGGGACAUAAAUUGGUAGGACCAUUCUCUGGCCUCCUUAAGACAGGAGCAUCCACCAGAAAUAUUUAAGAUCAAGGGGAUCCUCUAUCCAUCCCCCAGCAAGGAGCAGGUACCAGUUUUGAAGUAAGAAGUGAAUGGAGGGCAGUCCAUACUUGGGCAGGCAAGUGAAAUCCUUCUUCACCCACAACACUCCCCCAGGUACCUCUGCAGAAUAGGUAGGAGGCUUUGUGUGUGAAAGACUGUAAGCUUUGUGCUUUAUUUCCUAUGAGAAAGAAAAAAGCAAGAUUUUUCUCUCUUUUGGCCCAUCUUAUCUAUGCAGAAGUGAAGGGAGGCCAUACCUCCAUUUUGAAGGUGUUGAACAUAAGAAAGCCAGUCUGUAAUAUCAACUGAAGGUUUAAACACAAAUAAACCAGGUUCAGUAAUUACAACCAACAAGAAAAGUCUACAGCAUAUCUGCAUUUCAAAUCUCCUUU